AUGGAUGGAAAAGAACAUAAGAACCAUGAAACGUUCUCGCUCGUCUGGCUCGAUCCAGACGUCAAUAAUUCUAAGGAAAAUAUCAAUGUUCAACAACAACUUCAUGCAUGUAUAAGUCAUCUCGAAACAUUUGACAAGGCUGAUAAAUGCGAACGAUUUAUUCGAUUUGAACCCAUCAAUAGCAGAAUUAUUCUUGUAGCAAGUGAACGAUUCAGUGCCGACCUAAUACCACGAAUUCACCAAUUAUCGCAGGUGUUCUCAAUCUAUAUUUAUGGUGUAGACAAGCGGAAAAGUAAUGCAUGGACAAAUAUCUAUUCCAAAGUCAAGGCUGUACUCACAGAUAUCAACGUUCUUGUCAGUCAAAUCUGUUCAGAUCAUGUUCGAAGAAGUCCGACCAAAAGUGAAGAUCUAUUUGAGUUCAACAUCUUCAACACAAGUACUAGUGAUGAACGAUCAACUACUUUAUUGAGCGGUCAAUUUCUUCAUUCACAAUUACUCAUUGAUUGUUUACUUCGUAUGCGAGCAGUUCCAACAGAUAAGAAUGAAUUAAUUGAAAUGGCAGAAAAAGAAUACAAACUCGACACAAACGAAUCGGCUAUUUUGCGCGAAUUUCAAACGAACUAUUCGCCUGACCAAUCGAUAUGGUGGUAUACACGUGAAUCAUUCUUGUAUCGGCAAUUGAACAAGGCUCUCCGUACACAAAAUAUCGAUGCAUUGCUUGCAUUCCGUUUCUUUAUCCGUGAUAUUCAUGAACAACUCGAACAUCAUCGAUGCUCAUCACCAAUUCAUAUCUAUCGCGGUCAACUUAUGUCAACUGCAGAGCUUGAAAGGCUGAAAAAUUCUGCUGGUCAAUUGAUCUCGAUGAAUUCAUUUCUUUCGACUACUACCGAUCGCCUAUCGGCUCUUGCAUUUCUCUACUCUUCGGCCAAAUCAGAUGGGUUAGAACGUGUCUUAUUUGAAAUCGAUGCCGAUCCUCAACUUGCGGAUGUUAAACCGUUUGCUAACAUAACCUGCCUCAGUUACUUUCCAAGCGAAAGUGAAGUUUUGUUGAUGCUAGGAUCGAUAUUGCGUCUUGUCGGUAUUGACCAUGAUGAUCAUGGAGUUUCAAUUAUUCGAUCAACACUAUGCAGCAAUAGCGAUCAAGAUUUACAACGCGUCUUCGAAUAUAUGAAAAUUGAAUACGGUGAUCAAGAAACAAAUGCGCAGUCAUUUGGUAUAGUACUAGGUCAAAUGGGCAAACUCGACGAAGCAGAAAAAUAUUUUCGUCACUUACUAAAAGAAAUGCCACCCAAUCACGUAGAUAUUGCUGGUUGCUAUCAUAAUCUGGGUGAUAUAUUAGACAAAAAAGGCGAUUACGAAUCUAGUCUUGAAUCUUAUCAAAAAUCACUUGAAAUUAUGCUUCAAACACGUCAACCGAAUGAUCCAGAAAUUGGAACAAGUUUAAAUAGUAUUGCUGCUGUUCAUGCAAAGACCGGCAAUUACACUCAGGCAGAGAAAUCUUUUAAGAAAGCAUUUGAGAUUUGGAAGCAAGCGUACGGUGAAGAUAAUCCUAAAGUAGCCAUGUGUCUAAGCAAUUUGGCUGGCACCUAUCAAGUCAACGAAAAAAACAUGGAAGCACUUGAUUGUCUGCAAAAAGCAUUGAGUAUUCGUCAACAUCAUCUACCUGCCGAUCAUCCUGAUAUGGCCGAUACACACAAUAAUAUCGGCAUUCUCUAUUGGAGUCUUGAUAAAGUUGAUACUGCACUCGAACACUACAAUCUAUCCCUAAAAAUUAAACAAAAAUGUUUACCUGCUAAUCAUCCUGAUAUUGCUAUGACAUUGAGCAAUAUGAGUCUCAUUUAUGAACAGAAAGGAGAAUUCAAGCAAGCAUUGUCGCAUCUGCAAAGUGCAGCCAACAUUUAUCGACAGACACUAAAUCCCUCUCAUCCUCAUAUGCUUCAAGUGGAGCGACUUGUGCAACGUGUAUCCUCUAAACUGAAAUACAGCUUCCGUGCUAAUAUUUAUCUUGGUGUAUUAAUAAAUAACUACUAUUUAAAAACAUUUAAAAAAUUCAUUUCAAUCAGACUAAUUAUUUAA